AUGUCGGGCAUCACCGACUUCCUCGGUCGGGCCAUCAGCACGGUCAAACAGGCCAUCGACGCCGACAACGCCGCCGAGUACGAGAAGGCGUUCAACCUCUACACAAAGUCCCUCGAGCUCUUCGUCCUCGCCGUGAAAUGGGAGAAGAACCCGAAGUCGAAGGAGCUCAUCCGCCAGAAGACGGCCGAGUACAUGGACCGCGCCGAGAAACUCAAAACGUACCUCGCGGAAGCCGAGCAGAAAAAGAGCGGGGGUGGAGGCGGCGGCGGCAAGCCUGGGGCCAUGGGCGUUAACGGCGGCGGCAAGGGCAAGGCGAACGCUGAUGAGGGCGACGAGGACAACAAGAAACUGCGAAACGCCCUGAGCGGUGCCAUUCUACAGGAACGGCCUAAUGUGCGGUGGGACGAUGUCGCUGGUCUCGAAGGCGCCAAGGAUACACUCAAGGAGGCCGUCGUGCUGCCUAUCAAGUUUCCCUCGCUUUUCCAGGGCAAACGCCAGGCGUGGAAGGGUAUUUUGCUGUACGGCCCGCCGGGAACGGGUAAGAGUUACUUGGCCAAGGCGGUCGCAACGGAGGCGAACAGCACAUUCUUCAGUGUCAGCAGUUCUGACUUGGUGAGCAAAUGGAUGGGUGAGAGUGAAAGGCUCGUCAAGGCUCUCUUCAGCAUGGCAAGAGAAAACAAGCCCUCGGUCCUCUUCAUCGACGAAAUCGACGCCCUCUGCGGACCCCGUGGCGAAGGCGAGUCCGAAGCCUCGAGGCGUAUCAAGACGGAGCUGCUGGUCCAGAUGGACGGUGUGGGCAACGACAGCAAGGGCAUCCUGGUGCUCGGCGCGACCAACAUCCCCUGGCAACUCGACGCCGCCAUCCGCAGACGUUUCCAGCGCCGCGUACAUAUCGGUCUGCCCGACGCCAACGGCCGCGCGCGUAUGUUCAAGCUCGCUGUCGGCGACACUGAGACGAAUCUUGGAGCGGACGACUACCGCGUGCUCGCCGAGAUGUCGGAGGGUUUCUCGGGCAGCGAUAUCUCCAACGUGGUGCAGCAGGCGCUGAUGGGGCCCGUGCGGAAGAUCAUUCAAGCGACACAUUUCAAGGCGGUCAUGGUCGACGGCGUCAGGAAACUCACCCCGUGCUCCCCCGGCGACCCGGAGGCCAAGGAGAUGACGUACCACGACGUCGACUCGGAGGAGCUCAUGGCGCCCAUCAUCGAGCUCAAGGACUUCAAGCAGGCGCUCAGGGACUCGCACCCUACCGUUUCUGAGGACGACGCCGCCAAGCAAAUAGAGUGGACCAACGAGUUUGGCAGCGAGGGCGCAUGA